AUGAAAGUAAACAAUUUCAAAAAUAAAAAAUUAAAGGAGAAACAAUUAACUGAAAAUUUAAAACCAAAAAAAACAAAAAAAUUGAAAAAUGAGUUAACCUUAAGGAAUAAUGAAAAAUAUAAGCAGAAAAAGGAUAAAGUUAAAUAUAAAAAGAAAUCUUUAAAUUUAUCAAAACAUGAUGAUACAUCAUAUAAUGUAAGAAAAGAAGAAAAAAUAAAAAAAGAUAAGAUAAAUAGUGUCAAAACAAUAACAAGCAAAAAGAUAAAUAAAAAAGAGGAAAAAGAGUCUAGUAAAUUAAGAAUAUAUACAGAUAUUAGCGAGUCAGAAGAUCUAGAUGAAGAAUUAUGUGAUGAUGACAACUUAUUUAUGCCUAGUAAAUCAAAAUAUAAUAAACGUAAAUCAUUAAUUAAUGAAACAAGUAAACAAAAGAAAAAAAAAAAUCUUAAAAAAAAGCAGUGUGCAGCUAAAUAUUUAAAAUUAAAUGAGUAUAAUGAAGAAUAUGAAAAAGAAUUACUUUCGUAUGCUAUAAAUGGAUUUUAUAAAUACGUAAAUUUUUUAAAAAAUUAUAAAAAUUCAAUUACAGUAGAGAAUCAAAUGGAUAAUAAAAAACCUAAACAUUUGUACGUUUAA